CAAUGCCCCACUCCGGGGACUAGGGCACUCUGGGAUUUACGGCUCAAGUAGGACCCACAGUAGGCUGCCAAGGGGAAACGGUUAAGUCUCUUGCCUCCUGACUGGCUGUCAUAACCCCAGCUUUGCUCUUCCCGAUGGUUGUGUGAUGCUCAGAGGGCUUUUCCUGGAGUCUUGGGAGGCUCUUCCAUGUCUCCAGUCCCUGCUUGCUACCUGCAUGCACAGGCUUCCACCUGGAAACCCUCAGUUUCAGUCACUGAGGAGGUGGACGAUGCCGCAGGAAUCCCAUUCAGGCCACAUACCCACUGACUUACUCUCUUCUGCUUUUUUGCUGGAUUGUAAGGACUCAGACAAGCCAGGCAGAGACUGCCUAGAAAGCCCACCGGUAAGUGUGAGACUCAAAUGUGAGGAAACAUGGGCAGCAGAUCUGCCAGGACUUGAGCAUCUAUGAGAAGCAGAAGCACAGCAUUGCAGUGGCUGUGUGUCACACAGUUCUGUGCUGUGACCUUUAUGUGUAAGGCCUCAUGCUUAUCCAGCAGGAUGGCAAUUACUCAAGUCAUGUUUGUCACUUGGUGUGUGGUCUCAGGUUACUUAAUUUUUCUGAGUCUUGAUUUCCUCAUUGUUGAAGUGGCAGUGAGAAUGCGGAGGACAUGGUGUCUGAGACUGCUGGAGUUGUUCGGGCCACAAGAACCACAGAGCUAGGUGCCAGAGGCCUUUAGAAGACAUUUACUGACAUGGGGUGUGGUAAUCUCAGCACUCGGGAGGCUGAGGCAGGAGGACUGCUGUGAGUUUGAGGCCAGCCUGAACUACAGAGCAAGACCCUGUCUCAAAAACUAAAAACAAACAAAAAAGACUUCCUGGCUGAAUAUGUGACUCUAAAAUGGCAUUCAUUGGCCUGGUUACACAUUCUUCCCCAUAAGUGGCAUUGAAUGAAAGACAUGAGACUGUUCUCAGAAUUCAGAUAUUCAGAUUCAGACACUGCUGCAAUACCAGCCUCCAGCAAGAUUAGACAAAAAAAAAAAAAAAAGGCAGUUGACAGGAAGCAGCUUUAAAAGAGCAUGUGACCUCUCUGGGGAGCCCACUGGGGACCUGCCACCCAUACACACAUGGCCAGAGCCAUUCAGGAGUAUGGAUCGCAAGUGGACUGGCUGCCUGGCCUGAGCUGCCUCUCUGGACAGAGGGAGGGGGAAGUGGCCAGAAGAGGAAGUGUGAGGAGUUCCCGUCCAGCCUGUCACCAGUCUCCUCGGGUCUUCACGACAGUGGGCCUCUGGCUGGCCGUGGCCAUGGAGCCUGCAGAGACCCCGGUCAAGGAUGGCAUCCUGUACCAGCAACACGUCAAGUUUGGCAAGAAGUCCUGGCGGAAGGUUUGGGGUCUGCUGUACGCAGGAGGCCCAUCAGGUGUGGCACGGUUGGAAAGCUGGGAUAUCCGGGAUGGAGGCCUGGGGCCAGCAGGUGACAGAUCAGCUGGGCCAGGCCGGCGGGGGGAACGGCGGAUUAUCCGCCUAGCGGAUUGUGUGUCUGUGCUUCCGGCCGACGGUGAGAGUUGCCCCCGGGACACUGGUGCCUUCCUGCUCACCACCACCGAGCGCAGCCACCUGCUGGCUGCACAGCACCGCCAGUCCUGGAUGGACCCUAUCUGCCAGCUGGCGUUCCCGGGCACAGGGAAUUGCUCCUCGGGACCAGGGGAGGCUGAGUGUCCCAAGAGGGGCGUCGUCCCCAUGGAGGAAAACUCCAUCUACUCCUCCUGGCACGAAGUAAGCGAGUUUCCUGUGGUGGCGCAGAGGACUGAAGCUGCUACCCGCUGCCAGCUAAAGGGUCCCUACCUCCUGGUGCUGUGCCAGGAUGCCAUCCAGCUGAGGGAGACUUCCAGCCCCCAGGCCCUCUACAGCUGGCCCUACCACUUCCUGCGAAAGUUUGGCUCUGACAAGGGCGUGUUCUCUUUCGAGGCUGGCCGCCGCUGUGACUCCGGUGAGGGCCUCUUUGCCUUCAGCAGCUCACGUGCCCCUGACAUGUGUGGCACAGUGGCUGCUGCCAUCACCCGCCAACGGGAACGUAUGCCCGAGCUGGCAGCUCUGCGACCUUGCCCCCUGCCUCGGGCCACUUCCAUGCCUUCCCUGGAGCCCCCUGGAGAGCUUCGGGAGGUGCCUCCAGGGCCCAGGGUUCCCACCUCCAGGAGCACAUAUGUGACCGAGCCCGGGCCCCAGAGCCUGCCACUCCUGCUGGACCCCACACCAGAAGAGCCGGCAUCUGAGCUCUAUGCCUCAGUGCGCAAGCGGGCCAGCAGGCCCCCAGACACCGCCGAGCACCUCUAUGAGAACCUGUGCAUGCUAGAGUCCAGCCCAGGGCUACCCAACGGGGGCUCCAAGCCCCAAGAAGGCCCUUCAGGUAGCCGCAGCCCGUUGCUCAGCCCCAUCUACCACAGCAGCAAGGACCUGAGCUGGCCUGGCCCAGCUCAUGACAGCAACAUGGAGGCCCAGUACCGGCGGCUGCUAGAACUGGAGCUGGACGAGGCAGGCAGCACUAGCCGCUCAGGCCCACAGGCAGGCUUCAAGGCCAAGCUUGUGACACUGCUGAGUCGUGAGCGGAGGAAGGCUCCUGCCCCCUGUGACCGGCCCUGAAGGCCUGUGUAGCGGCAGCAGGGGACAGAAAUGCUCUCCCUACAGUCGGGAGGUAGGCAUCUACAAACAUACCCCGGUUCUCUCUGGCCUGAAAGGACAAAGCAAGCAGCCUAGGAAAGACCCACACCCUGCCCUGCCCACCCUCCAGUGUACAGUGUACAGAUUUGCCAAUAAUAAAGCCUUCUAGCCUCCUCUGA